GUGUGUAGCAAUGGACUGGAAGCAAAUGUUUCAAAUUUAUCCACAUCCUUAUGAUGUUGUUGGAAAUUGAUCAUUCCUGGUAAUGCUUGCCAUGCUCACACAAGGUUUCUAAAUACUAACUAAAGUGUCAAUCUUCUAAGACCUUAGCACCUGCUUGGCAUAGAUUUUUGGAAAUUCUUAUGUUCUAGUGUUUGUAUUUGUGACUAUGACAAGUUAGCUGGCUUGCAGUAUAAAGUUGCCAAUUAUACCGUGAUGUGUUAAAAUGAACAAAUGAGCUGACUAGUUGUAGUGCUAAAUAGCAUCAUUAGCUUUCACAAAAAAAUGGCCCUCUGAGCAUACUUGCCAUACUUGUAAUCUUUUGAAGUGUCAGUUGAUGAUGAUGUUUGCUUAAUUCGAGGUGUUUUAAACUUUUAAUAUUUGUCUGACUUUAAAAACAGUGUUUUGCACCUUUCUAUUUUGAGGGAAUCAGCUAUACUGUCCCCUCCACCCAUUUCCAUAAAGUUGAAAUUAUGCAUUGGCAUUGAAACCGUUAAAAGUACAUGUUUUCGCUGCAUUUGCAAUGGUGGCUCUAUGUGCUAAAUGCAGAUAUCAGUUGCAGGGCUAAAUGGCAUCAAGGUCAGGGGCUCCUCCAUUGACAUGCUGCUGUUUGGGAGCUAGACAAUGAUGAUUCAGGCUUUUGCAUUGCACUUCUUGGUGUUAUAUAAUCUUGUACUCUACUGAUAUUGUCUGUUGAAUCCCGUUCACUCUGAUGCAGGUAUCAAACUUAGCUGGUGUGUAUAUUUGUUACUGAUCCAUGUCGCAUGUAUGCUGUAGUUUACUCCAUGUAUCAACUAUCGGUGGCAAUUUCUGUGGGCUUUGUACGUUACAGAAUUUAGUGUGUACAUGUGGUGCUUGUCUUGGAGAACUAGGAGGAUGAUUGCAACAAUCUGAGCUUUGAGUUAUUGGAGUUGCAUAUAUAUCUUUUACAGUGUUUAACUGCUAUCUCCUAUACCUAUGUCGUUGGGAAGCUCACAUUCUGUAAUAUAUGUAGGUACAUAAUUUGCACCUAAUUGAAUUGUUUAUUUUUUGAAUGACAACAAAACACUCCUCCGUCUCGACUCUCAAGCCUGCAGCGAAGUAGGAAGGGAUUUUUCUCAACUUCGGGACCGUCGUGGUUCCUGUCUUCCUGAGAGAGGAUGUGUUUAUUGAUGCAUAGUGACUGAACAUGUGCAAGUCUGCAAGAGAAGAAAAUCUGCAGGUUUGGAGGUGUCCCCUCCCAAAACAGCUCGGAUUUGAAUUGGAGUGUUGUUGAACCCAUUCAGUACUUGAAAUUUGCAUCGGUGUCUUGAAACGGGAGAAAGCAUAGAAGGCCUCAAGUUAUACUGGCAAUUCCAUAAGAAGAGAGGGAAAGACAGGUGAUUCUGUUUUGAAUUUUUUUUCAGCAAAGGACACGCGUUUUGGACAAAGAGCAUUUUCGUUUAAAACUGCUGGAUAUUCUCACGCCGGCAAUUUGGAUCGUUGUCCAUAGCAGGAUCAAUCAAGACAGUGCAGAAGAACUCAUGUUGAUUUUGUCCCCAAAAGACCUCAGCUUCUUAAGGUUGUCUCGUCCUCCGUCAAGUUGAUGAUUCAGUGCAUCAUACUCCCCAAAUCUUCUAUGGGAAUUUUGAAAUUCAAAUGGUUUAGACUUCCCCAAAUCUUCCACUCCGUCCAGCUCCACGCUCCAAUACCCUCGAUCCCCUUCCUCCCUUCGCCGGCUAUGGCGUCGAGGGCUGGCCGGAUCCUCCCCUGCCUCGAAGCCACGGAGCCGGAGCGGCCGCCGCCGGCCCUUACCAGCGACAUCCACGAGGAGAUCUUCGUACGCGUCGCCUCCCCCAGCGACCUCGCCCGCGCCUCAGCCGCGUGUAUCUCCUUCCGCCGCCUCAUCGGCGACCCCCGCUUCCUCCGCCGUUACCGCUCCAUCCACCCGCCGCUACUCCUCGGCUUCAUCAGCUCCGCAGGCUUCCAAGCCGCCGAGGCGCCCCAUCCCUCCGCUGCCAUCGCCCGCGCGGUCGCACGCGCCGCCGACUUCUCCUUCGACUUCGUCCCUCGCCCCAACAGCUUGAACCACUGGCACCCGUGCGAUGCUCGCGGCGGCCUCGUCCUCGUCGACUGCAGGCGCUUCACGGAGGCCGACGAGGAGGAGCGCUUGUCCUUGGACUUCGCGGUAUGCGACCCCUUGUCCCGGGGGUACCUGCUGCUGCCUCCCAUGACCGACGUCCUGCUCGCCUCCGUCGAGCUCCAGAACCAAGACAUGUUCAAUUCCGGGGCCUCCUUUAUCCCUUCCGGUGGCAUGGAGGACGAGACAUCAUUCAGUGUGAUGUGCUGGAUGCAUUCCAAGACCAAAUUGGUGGUGUUUUUCUUCUCUUCAGGCUCUGAUCGCUGGACUGUCGGUACAUCUACCAGCUGGGAUGAUUUAGGCUUGCACGAAGAAGUCGACUCGCUGGGUUCAUGCCAAUGCGUGUAUGGCUGCUUCUAUUGGAAAGUAAACUACACAAACAAGUUGCUCAAGCUCGACAUGGACACUAUGGAGUUAUCCACAUAUGACCUCCCUCCUGAUCAUGAUGAUGGGGAUAGCGUCAUUGUAGAGGCAGGGGAAGGCCAAAUUGCAAUGUUUAGUCAACUUGGUGCGGCCACACCUGUGGAAUAUUACAGCUUGUUGCAAAAUGGCACUGACAAGUCCCAUGAGUGGCAUAUGAAGCGUAUCAUCCCAUUGCCAGCCCAGUAUACUAGUGUAUGCUACCUUAGCGGUCCAGCUGGAGGAUACAUUUUCCUAGCAGGCACUCCAAAAGAACAGGAUGCAGGACAUUCAGCGUUUUUCUCACUUGAGAUUAAGUCUUUCAAAAUUGAGAUGGUCAGUAGGAAAACCUUUCCCUUCCGCUACGCCCUUCCGUAUUUUGGUUUGCCUCCAUCAAUGUCUCCGAGAAGAAUUCAAGGAUAUGAAGUGUUGCAGGGCUAAACGGCAUCCAGGUCAGGGGCUCCUCCAUUGACAUGCUGCUGUGGGGGAGCUAGGCAAUGAUGAUUCAGGCUUUUGUAUUGCACUCCUAGGUGUUAUAUAAUCCUGUGCUCUACUGGUAUUGUCUGUUGAAUCCCACUCUGAUGUGGGUCUUGAACUUAGCUGUUGUAAAUAUUUGUUCCUGAUCCAUGUUGCAUGUAUGAUGUACUUUACUCCAUGUAUCAACCAUCAGUGGCAAUUUUUAUGGGCUUUGUAUGUUACAGAAUUUAGUGUGGACAUGUCUAUUAUACCCGGGCAAUGGAAAUCACGCAGUAAUAUAUGUACUUUGCACGUAA